UGGUAGCCAUAGGUGGUAGCCUACACAUCAGAGAGUUUCAUGGAUACUGCGUCUGCGCGUCUAUCUGGGAAUGAGAAGAAGAACUCCGAGGAAACAGCCGAUAUCACACGGAUUACAAAGAUACAUUUCGCUACAAAGUUAUUGUUGUCGGAGUGGGACCCUGAAAACGAAAUUGCUCUGGAAGUCGCAAGUGCAAUAUUAUGGAUACAAAGAAAACUGUUAUUGUGACAGGAUUCGAACCUUUUGGAGAACAUAAAGUGAAUGCAAGCUGGAUUGCAGUGCAGGAGUUGGAGAAGCUGAGUUUGGGUGAGGACAUUCACCUGCUGGUGAAGGAGAUCCCUGUGGAGUACAAGGCUGUCAGCGAACUGCUUCCGUCACUGUGGAAACAGUAUCAACCUGAGUUGGUUGUUCAUGUUGGUGUUUCGGGAAUGGCCACCUCUGUCACCCUCGAACAAUGUGGGCACAAUCAUGGAUACAACCGCCUGGACAACUGUGACUUCUGUCCGAAUUCACAAUGCUGCAUUGACCAGGGACCUGAUUGUAUUAUGUCAGUCAUAGACAUGGAGGCUGUGUGCAAGAAAGUGAACUCCUCAAGCAUGGGUGUUGCCUUUUCUGUGUCAAAGGAUGCUGGCAGAUACUUAUGUGACUACACCUACUAUACCUCACUCUACCUGGGCAAUCGCAGGUGUGCUUUUGUGCACGUGCCCCCCCUUGGGAAACGCCAUAGUGCGGAGGACCUGGGCCGAGCUCUUCAGGCUGUUAUCCUGGAGAUGGUCCAGAGAUUGGAGGACCAUAUGGAUCACAAUCAGGACCAAGACCGUUGCCAGCUUGGACACUGACCCAAAGUCCACAGCUUCACAGAGUUUAAUAACGCAGUGAUAACUCAGUUUUAAGUAAGACGUUCUCUGUAAACACAAAGAAGUGUUUCUCUUCUACUUCCGAUAUUCCACAAUUUCCAUUGGCCAAGGUUAGUGGUGUUGGCCUUGGACCAGUCGUGCCUGUCUUGAGUUUAGGUGGCUCAAGACAAGCCAGUUAUGACAUUCAAGCUGUUGACACAGGUUCCUUUGACUUUUUAUGCUAUUGAUGUCAUCUAGAGGUGUCACAGUCUCUUUCUACCGACAGAGAGAAGCACUUUAUAUAAAGGUCUGAACAAUAUGGUUGCUAUGCUACAGAUGUACAUUCUUAUCUAACAUAAUCUAGACUAUUGCAUUUAUUUUACACAGUGUUAAUGUAUGUCAACAUUUUCCCAUUUAAUCAUUUAGUGUCUGCACUGCAUGUGACUGCAAGUGUUUGUUAUAAUAAUAAGAAUUAUUAUAAUAAUAAUAAUAUAAUAAUAAGGAUAAUAAUGACAAGACAUCACAGAAGCUAUUAUAAUAAUAAUUAUAAUGCAUACAGACUACAGUAAAAAGUGGCCAUGAAGGUUGAUGGUUCCAUUGUUAGCCUACAUCAUUUCUGCCCUUGGCUGAAACAUUCCUAAGUUAGCUAAGCAUGGUAUAUCUAAGGCAUAGCACCAUUUGUUCAUAACCUUUAGAUAUACUUAGAAAAUAUUGGGGUGGUAGCGAUAUUUUGAUUGAGGACAGGCUGGACAUUGUAAGUAAGGACAGAUGUUGUCUCUUCCAUAGCUGUGGUUGUCAUGGAAGCACUUCUGUUUAGUGAUAGUCCUGUGAGCCACACAACAGCUCAUGCACGGCAAUGACCGUGAGAUUUUAUUCAUAUUCCACCUCCGUUCUGUGAAAACACAAUGAAGCAGUCAAGCAGCAAACUUGCAUAGCUUGAUGGUGUAUUUGGCACGUCCAAAAUGCUUCAUUACUUCAAAUGUGAUUUUCUUUUAUGUAUGUAGUUAUAAUAAGUAAAAUCAAUUUUGACUGUAAUUUUAGUCACAUGUAUGCCUCCACACUGUCUCAAAAUAAUAUUUUUGAUUAUAAAUAAACUUUCUCAAAUAAC